GGCCACACUGAUUCCGAUGCAUGCUGCUGCUGUUGCAAUAGUCCGCGACGUUCGUGUAAUCUAUUCGUUUGUGUAUUAAAAAGGCAAAUAAUAACUGCCGUUUUUGUGCAUUCCAAAAUGGUCGAGGAGAAGGAGAAUGUGUCAGCUAAUGGAGAGCAAGUCUCUAAAAAGGGAGCCAAGAAGGCAGCAAAAGCAGCCAAGAAAGCCGAGCAAAAGGCCGAGUCGGCGGCAGCUGCGAGUGCCGGCAAUGAUGGCGAAGCUGGUGACAAUGCCGUAGAUCAUGCCCAGGGUCGUUAUGGUCUCUCCGAAAUGAUUCAAUCGAAAGAUAAGCGUAGUGAACGUGUUUUUGUUACUGUUCCCGAAUUGGUCAAUCAUGUGGACAAGGGUUUGGUCUGGGUACGAGGACGUGUUCACACCUCUCGUGCCAAGGGUAAACAGUGUUUCCUUAUCCUGCGUCAGCAGAGUAGCACCAUCCAGUGCAUCUUGGCUGUGAAUGACAUCAUUUCCAAACAAAUGGUGAAAUUUACGGGAAACAUUCCCAAGGAGAGCAUCAUCGAUAUUCAGGCCAAACCAGUUUCAGUGCCCAAUAAGAUUGAAUCCUGUACUGAGCAGACUGUGGAGCUGUGUGUCGAACAGGUCUUUGUUAUAUCGCAGGCUAAACCUCAGUUGCCGCUGCAGAUUGAAGAUGCCUCGCGCCCAGAGAAUCCCGAUGAUGCAGAGGGAUUGAACAUACGCGUCAAUCAGGACACUAGACUGGAUAAUCGUGUUUUGGAUUUGAGAACACCAGCGAAUCAGGCUAUAUUCCGCCUGGAAGCCGGAGUGUGUCGUUUGUUCCGUGAUAUAUUGACCGAGAAAGGGUUUACUGAGAUACACACUCCCAAGAUUAUUUCGGCAGCCAGUGAGGGUGGAGCAAAUGUCUUCACAGUAAGCUAUUUCAAGGAUUCAGCUUAUCUGGCUCAGUCGCCGCAAUUGUACAAGCAAAUGGCUAUUGCUGCUGAUUUUGACAAAGUCUUCACCGUGGGUGCUGUGUUCCGUGCGGAAGAUUCCAACACGCACAGACAUUUAACCGAGUUUGUUGGUCUCGAUUUGGAGAUGGCUUUCAAGUAUCAUUAUCAUGAAGUGCUCCAUACAAUUGGGAACACAUUCACGGCGAUAUUUAAGGGUCUGCGUGAUCAAUACAGCCGCGAGAUUGAGGCAGUGGGUCAGCAGUAUAAGGUGGAACCAUUUAAAUUUCUGGAGCCACCGCUAAUAUUGCAGUUCGCCGAAGGUGUGGCCAUGCUGCGUGGUGCUGGCGUUGAAACUGGGGACGAGGAGGACUUGUCUACGCCAAAUGAGAAGCUAUUGGGUCGCCUGGUCAAGGCGAAGUAUGAUACUGAUUUUUACAUCCUCGACAAGUUCCCACUGGCUAUACGCCCCUUCUACACAAUGCCCGAUCCUAAUAAUCCCAUAUACUCAAACUCCUAUGAUAUGUUUAUGCGUGGCGAGGAGAUUUUAUCGGGAGCCCAGCGUAUCCAUGAUCCCGAGUACUUAAUUGAGCGUGCCAAGCACCAUGGAAUCGAUACUACCAAAAUUGCCGCCUACAUUGAGUCCUUCCGCUAUGGUUGCCCUCCCCAUGCUGGCGGCGGUAUUGGCAUGGAACGUGUUGUCAUGUUGUAUCUCGGUUUGGACAACAUCCGCAAAACCUCCAUGUUCCCACGUGAUCCCAAACGGUUAACGCCUUAAACUUACAAGCAACAUCUUCACACAAUUGAAUUCAAUUCAUCAGCAAAAACUAUGUUUUUAUUUGCCCUGUGACUUUCCAAUUUAGCUCAGCCUUUUUGUUCACCUCUCCCUUCUUUACCUCUCCCCCAUUUUAUGUUAGCAUCCCCUUUCUCCUCCUUCUCAGUUAAGACUCGACAUGCUGCAAAGUUGUUGAACAACAAAACACGAACUGUAUGAAAAAAAAAUGUAAGACUGCUUAGAGUCGAAUUGAUUUACACAAAAGAAAUUGAUCUACAAAAAAUAAAUAUUUGCACGUGUGUUUGUACUUUAUACAUAACUAA